GAAUUUCAGCCUUCGGGAGGAAAACAGGGAUAAGGGGCAUAACCAAGCGUUUGAGGUGUUUCAGGGAAGGUCCCUCUCCUCGGGAACCACGUCAGCCUGGCAGGGGAAACUCUUCCCCAGAUGAUUGGGGGUCUGCCCUGGAGAGGGAAGGGAUUCUCAAGGUCUGGGGGUCAGCACUAAGGCCUCCCCUCAGGCCUGGCAUCAGCUUGGCAAGGAAAACCCUUAUCCUAAGGGAAUGGGCCUGGGAGAAGUCCCUUUUCCUCAAGGAGGGAGUCAGCCUAGCAGGGAAAACUCCUCUCCUCAAGGAAUGGACUCUGAGGAAGGUCCUUGUCCUCAGAGACAGAGUCAGCCUGGCAGUCAGCCCUGCCUUCUCCUCAGGCAAUGGUCCCUUCCCUCGGGGAGUCCCUUCUCCUCAGGAAACUGGCCCAGGGGAAAUCCUCCUCAGGGACAACGUCAGCCUGGCAGGAGGAAUAAGUCUCGAGGCAAGUUCCUUUUGCUUAGGGAGUCCAUUCCCUUCAGGGAAGACGCUCCUCCUUAGGGAAGAGGCCCAGGGCAGUCCUUCGUCCUCAGGGACAGUGUCAGCCUGACAGGGAAGACCCCCCUCCUCAGGGCACGAGUCUCGAGUUCCCUGCUGGACACUGACAUUCCUGGGCCAUGGCUGCGCGGCGCUGGAGGGGUGUCCCGUUUGGGAAUCUCUCCGAGUGUCCCAAUGGCUCCCGCUGGAUCCUGGACGUGUUCCACGAGUGUGCCCAGGACAGCCGGGACGUCUCCAGCAUUAUCCUGGGGCUGGUCUCCAUCUUCUGCUUCGCAGCCGCCUCCUUCCCGCAGUUUUACCAAGCCUGCAAAACAGGCAUCAUGGACCGGGCUCUCUCCAUAUAUUUCCUGCUGGGAUGGCUGGGAGGAGACCUCCUAAACCUCAUCGGCUCCUUCCUGGCUGAUCAGCUGCCCCUGCAGGUUUACACGGCCGUUUACUACGUGCUGGCCGACCUGGUGAUGCUUUCGCUCUACUGCUACUACAGGGUGAAGAACAGGGGUGCGAGAUUCACCGCCCCAAUCAAUGCAGCCUUUGUGUUCCUCUCCGUGGGAACAGUGUCAACCCUCUCCCUCCUGGGCAGCGGCACCUCGGCAGAGGGUCCAGGGACCUUUCAAGGGAGGUCGCUGCUGUCAGUUCACAUGGAUGAUCCUGGAUCAAAGCCUUUCACCAGGAGUGAGAUCAUUGGAUUCACCAUCGGCUCCGUGUCCUCCGUGCUGUACCUGUGCUCCCGACUGCCCCAGAUCUACACCAACUACAAGAGGAAAUCCACCACUGGGAUCUCCUACUCCCUCUUUGCCCUGGUGAUGUUGGGGAACUCUCUCUAUGGCCUCAGUGUCCUCCUGAAGAACCCUGAGCCAGGCCAAGGUGAAGGUGACUAUGUCCUGCACCACCUGCCCUGGCUGGUGGGCAGCCUGGGGGUCCUGUCUCUCGACGUAGUUAUCUCCUUCCAGUUCCUUGCCUAUCGGAAGGGAAGAGCCAGUACCCACGAGGAGAGGGAUGCUCUUCUUGGAGAGCAGGGUGACAGCCUGGAGAGCUGACCAAGGGAACUGCCUGGAGCGAGAGGAGGAGGAUGCAGAUGAAGAAAGUGCUUAAACACCGGGCAAACCAGCCCCCCGGGUGGCUCUUGGGAGAAGAGGACCUGAGCCAGUGGGUGACUUGUGCUGCAACAACAGUGGCAGAGGAUGCUGCUGUUUGAACUUGUGCCUCUUUGAUACCAAUACUAUUGGGAUAAAAGGGAAUUAUUUGAUA